AUGAAGCAUUGGGGUCGCGCCUUCCCUGCAUUACUAUCACGAUCCUCACUAUUGCUACGCCCAGAGCAUCAGACUCGUACCUUCCUAGACUCAAUUCUGAGCUCGGCUCUGGGUGCUUGCCCAUUAAGAAACCUCACGCAUACCAAAACACUACCGUACUCAGCAUCUUCUAUAUUCAAAGCAGUGUCAGAUGUGUCAGGCUAUCCAGCAUUCCUACCAUUCACAGUCUCUUCAAACGUCGCGAAUCGUGAUGAAAGAGGAUACCCUACACGAGCUAGUCUGAAGAUUGGGUACGAAAAGUUUGGGUUGGAGGAAAUCUGGGACAGUAAGGUCAAAUGUGAUCCCGAGAGUGGAACAGUAGAAGCACAGAGCAGCGAGGCAAACAGCCAGGGCUUGUUCGAGGUGCUGCAGACGAAAUGGCAUAUCAAGCCUGCCCAAGGAGCGAACCAGACAUCCGUCAAGCUGGACCUGAAUGUAAAGUUCAGAAAUCCUGUCUAUGACCAGAUGUUUGCACAAGUCGAGGGGAAAGUGGUCAAUGUCAUGAUUUCAGCUUUUGAGAAAAGAGUAAAAGAGCUGGAAGCUGCGAAAAAAGCGACUUGA